AUGACCCUCUCGUCCAAAUCCCCCCAAACAACCAAAAUCUCCAUUACAAAUCUCAGUCUCCCUCACCCAAUCUCCGCUCCCGACGUCUGGGGCAAGCAAAAAGACCAACCUGCUCUACUAAAUGUAUCUCUCACCCUGCGAGGUGCGGGAUUCAGUUCCGCGGCUUCGUUGGAUAAAUUAGACGACAGCACGAUCCACUACGGGAAUCUCGCGAAGAAACUUCGAGCGGGUUGUUCGGCGGGGCAGAAUGUUCUCUCUCUCAUUUCUGCUGCUGAAGAAGCGGUGAUGGAGAUGGGAAGGAAAGGGAAUGGGAAGUUCAUCGUGCAGGAAGCGAGAGUUGAGGUGGGGUUGUGUAAGGCUAGUAUGUUUGGGGAGCAGGUCAAAGUUGUGAGUGUCAAGCGGUUUGGAAGGGAUGGGGUUGUUGAGGGAGAGAAAUGGGGAUUUGAGGUGCAGGAGGUGAAGGUUAUGGUGUUGGUGGGUGUUAAUGGGUAUGAGAGGCAGGCGAGGCAACCGCUUGUUGUGGGAUUUGGAGUGUGGUUUGAUGGGAAGGGAAGUUUGGAAAGUCUAUUUGGGUUGGAGAGCCUGAUCGUUGAGAUUAUUCAAGACACUUCGUUUGAGACUCUGGAGACUCUGGUAGAGCACCUGGUCUCGGAACUCAGGACGAAGACUCUCGACAAGAGCUUUCCGGGCUCGCAACUACAUCUUCGCAUUGCGAAACCUCGCGCCAUUGCUUUUGCCGAUGCACCCGUGGUGGAGAUCAUCCGCGACAUUCCAGCCGCCGUGCAGAAGAAACCCACCACUGCGCCGGCGCUUUGCAUCAUGAAGCCGUACAGUCGUUGA